AAUCCCCAAUUUUUUAGUCUGAUAAAAAUGUGGUUUUGACAUGCGUGCCUCAUUGUUUUAACUUUCCUCUAAGCAGGUGCUCAUUGCUAUAUGUAUUUCUUAAUUUAUACUACGAAUUUCAAUUAUGGGACACAAAGAGUUUGGAGUUGAGAAAAACAGGGUUUGAUAUUGCAAAUGGUCUUUUGGUUUGUUUGCUACUUUCUCUGUUAAUGUGUGCAUUUAUCAAUGCACAUGGAACCUAAAAAAAAAUGUCAACGCUUUCUUCAAGAAUCAUGAUUCCCAUGCCAUAUGACCUUAUUAUAUGAGUAAAAGUAACCUUGCUUGUAUUUCCAUUCUUUUAUCUUCUUCCUGCUACUCAUCCAUUGAAUAUGUAUUAUUUGUUAAUACAGGUAGAGUCCAAGCGACACGCCGUGGAGUGCAAUGCAAAUAAUAUCCAUUGUUUCUCAGCGAUGAGGAAAACAAAUGUUCUAACAAAAUUACAAACGUGGAGAGGGAAACGUAGGUUUAUAUUUAUACUGUGCACACUUGCUCUUCUGGUCUGUAUGGCUACCCUGUCAAACUUCUACUCUGUUAGGACUUUUCUUAUAUCUGAUGCAUUCUGCAAACAUGGUAAUCUUGUGAGCCGUGGCGGGACUGAUAUUGAUGUAAUAAGAUUGACUGUGGAAACUGUCAUUCAAAAAAUCCAGCAAGAAAUUAGUGAUAUGAGAGACUUGCGAGUGAAUUCAUCAUCUUCUGAGUUGAGAUACAAUAGAUUCCUUGCAGAUAUUUUGGGACUGGUUGGGUCAGUGCAGGCAUCUCUAGUUGAAAGGACGCAGCAGCAAGAUGGUGAGAUCAGAGCAAUGCAACAUCCCCUAUCAAGACCACAGAAUUCAUCCAAUGAACCUGGUGAAUACUUCUUGAUUGAAGAGAUUCGCAAGUAUGUUAGGAUCAAACCCAACCGAUUAGGGAAGCAGAACUUCAUGGGAGCUAAUGGAACCUUCACUAGCAUUGGCCACGCUUGUUUCGCUAUGAAGAAAGAGCUUGAAGAGUACAUGGACUACGACAUCGGCGAAAUCUGCAAAGAUGAUUGGAAACUAGCUCAGAAGCUGAUGGUUCAUGGGUGCGAUCCGCUGCCAAGGAGGAGGUGCUUCUCCAGGGCUCCUCAACUAUACAGCAAGCCUUUGCCUAUCAAUGAAUCCAUGUGGAAGCUCCCAGAUAACCGAAAUGUGCGAUGGAGUCAGUACAGGUGCAAGAACUUCACUUGCCUGGCUACCCAGUCAACUCGAAAGGGGUUCUUCAAGUGCUCGGAUUGCUUCAAUCUUACUCAUCACGAAAUGCCCAGAUGGAUCAAGCCUGCGUAUCAGGACCCAAAUUCAAACCUUUCUUCAGAUUUUGUUAUACCUGAAGUGCUUCAUUUGAAGCCUGGAGAGAUGAGAAUUGGACUGGAUUUCAGUGUGGGUACCGGUUCAUUCGCUGCUAGAAUGAGAGAGUACAAUGUCACAGUAGUUUCCGCAACUAUCAAUCUGGGGGCACCCUUCAGUGAAAUGAUCGCUCUUCGUGGACUCGUCCCUCUUUACUUGACAAUCAAUCAAAGACUUCCCUUUUUUGAUAAUACUCUGGAUUUGAUUCACACGACAAGGUUUCUCGAUGGCUGGAUAGAUUUUGUGCUCUUGGACUUUGUAUUGUUUGAUUGGGACAGAGUUUUGAGGCCAGGAGGCCUGCUAUGGAUUGAUAGCUUCUUCUGUGCAAAGGCCGACUUGGAUGAUUAUUUGGAAGCUUUUAAAAUGCUAAGGUAUAAGAAGCAUAAAUGGGUUAUUGUCCCAAAGCUCGAUAAAGACGAUGGAGAGGUGUUCUUCUCUGCUGUCUUAGAAAAGCCACCAAGACCAUUCCGGUAACUCUACUGGAAUAUGAUGAUUGUUUUGUUUCUUGGUGUUCAAAAUUUUUUGCAUCUUAGAGCACUUGAUGUUGAUGGUUGAGUCAUUGGAUAUGGGUAAGAAUUUGUAUCACAGGGUUGGUUUUUGUUUUUGACAAGAUAUCCAAAAGUGAGAUUAAACCAAAUUAUUCUAGAGAAAAGAGCUGGUUAAUGUAAUAUCAUUUGAAAUUAGUGUUGGAAA